AUAUAAUGCAUAUCCACCAACCUCCUCCAGUACUUCAUUUGCAUAUAAUAUACAACAAUAAUAAAACAUCUAUUUUAUAUAAUGCGUAUCCACCAAGUAAAUCAUAUCUGCACUCUUCGAUUCAUUUGCAUAUAAUAUACAACAAUAAUAAAACAUCUAGAAGAGGAAGAGGAAGAGGAAGAGGGAGAGAGAUGGGGGAAGAAACUUUGCAUCUUCCACUGUUUGAGUCAAAGGAAGCAAGAGGAAGGAAUAUGUACAAGCUAUUUGCUUUAACAGUGUUGGUAGGUAUUUGCUUAAUAUGGUUAUACAGAUUAAUUAAUAUGCCAAGUAGAGGUGAAACUGGGAGAUUGGCAUGGAUGCUCCUCUUCUUAGCUGAGCUCUGUUUUGGUUUCUACUGGAUUAUUACUCAAUCGGCUCGUUGGCAUGUUAUAUAUCAGUAUCCUUUCAAGGAUAGACUUUCCCUCAGAUAUAAUAAGGAGAAGUUGCCGGGGUUGGACAUAUUCGUUUGUACAGCAGAUCCAAUAAUGGAACCUCCAACACUGGUGAUUAACACAGUAUUGUCAGUAAUGUCAUAUAAUUAUCCUCCUGAAAAUUUGAGUGUUUAUCUUUCUGAUGAUGGGGCUUCACAAUAUACUUUUUAUGCUCUUCUUGAGGCCUCUCAAUUCUCAAGAUAUUGGAUACCUUUUUGCAAGAGAUUCAGUAUCGAGCUUAGGUCCCCUGCUGCCUACUUUGAACAUGAUGCCUGCAAUUUAAAUGAUACUAGUGAAGUUUUUGCUCAACAGUGGUUCGAUACCAAGAAGUUAUAUGAAGAUAUGAAAACGAGGAUUGAAGCCGCCAUAGAAAGCGGUAGCAUCCCCAAUGAAAUUAAGGCUCAGCAUAAAAGGUUCUCAGAGUGGAACUCCAAAGUUACAAAGCAAGAUCACCAGUCUAUUGUUCAGAUUCUAAUAGAUGGAAGAAACCAUAACAUGACUGACGUGGAUGGGAAUCGACUGCCAACACUUGUCUAUAUGUCGCGAGAGAAAAAAACAAAUUGCCCACAUAACUUUAAGGCUGGAUCAAUGAACUCAUUGAUACGAGUUUCGUCACAAAUAAGCAAUGCGCCUAUCAUCCUCAACUUGGAUUGUGACAUGUACUCGAACGAUCCAGAUGCAAUACAAGAAGCAUUGUGCUUCUUCAUGGACAAAAAUCAAGGACAUAAGAUAGCCUACGUCCAGCAUCCUCAGCGUUAUUAUAAUGCAACCAAGAAUGAUAUUUACGGAAAUGUGGCUCGAGUUACUCAUGAUAUUGAACUUGCUGGAAUAGGAGGUUACGGAGCUGCUCUAUACUGUGGCACUGGAUGUUUUCACAGAAGGGAAAGUCUCUGUGGCAGAAAAUUCUCUGAGGAUCAAACUAUUGAAUGGACUAACAACAAGGAAGAAAAAUCCACCGAUAAAACUGCGGAAGAAUUAGAGGAAGCAUCAGAAGUAGUUGCAAACUGUAGCUAUGAGGAGGGGACUCAGUGGGGAAAGCAGAUGGGGCUGAUGUAUGGGUAUCCUGUGGAAGAUAUAAUCACAGGAUUAACAAUCCAAUGCAGAGGAUGGAAAUCAUUGUACUAUAAUCCAAGUAAACCUGCCUUUUUGGGUGUUGCCCCAACCAUUUUAGAUGUUGCUCUUGUUCAGCAUAAGAGAUGGGCAGAAGGCAUGUUUCAGAUUUUCCUAUCCAAAUAUUGCCCCUUCAUAUAUGGCCAUGGCAAAAUCAAAUUGGGUGCCCAAAUGGGGUAUUGCAUUUACCUUCUCUGGCCUCCUGUAUCUGUUCCCACACUAACUUAUGUGUUGGUUCCUUCUCUUUCUCUGCUUCAUGGCAUCCCCCUAUUUCCAAAGGUGUCAAGCCUUUGGUUCUUGCCUUUUGCAUAUGUUUCCAUUGCCAAGUUUGCAUAUUCCUUGGCUGAAGCGAUAAGCUGCGGGGACACACCCAAGUCAUGGUGGAACUUGCAAAGAAUGUGGAUGAUUCGAAGGACAACUUCAUACUUCUUCGCGUUCAUAGAUGUAGUAAGCAAGCAAUUAGGCCUCUCUCAGACAUCAUUCGCGCUCACAACAAAGGUAGUAGAGGACGAUGUCCAGAGGAGAUACGAGCAAGAGAUCAUGGAGUUUGGCAACUCAUCUGUCAUGUUCACCAUCACAGCCACACUUGCAUUGCUUAAUCUAAUUAGUUUCAUUUGGGGAAUCAAGAAACUUGUUAUGGCUGCAACACUAGGAGUGGAAAAUGUUGUGUCACAUGUCAUUCUAUGUGGAUUAAUAGUUCUAGUGAAUGUCCCUGUGUAUGAAGCACUCUUUUUCCGCCGAGACAAGGGUAGCUUUCCAUCCUCUGUACUGUUUCGAUCUGUCAUCCUGGUAUCAAUGGCAUGUUUGCUUCCUGCCUUCUAGAUUGUAAUAGGACAUGAAACAUGGGUUAAAAUUAUUUGGCA